AUGGAAUGUGUUAAGCCUAUUACGGCUGAAUUAGGAAUUGCUGAUUGCUUGGCAUGUUCUGGAUGCGUAGGAGUGGCUGAACCGGAUGUUCAGAAGCACUUAAAAGGUUUAGAGUUGAUUAAAGUAUGUUUAAAUAAGGAGAGUAGAGAUAGUGCUAAGAUUGGAGUUGUUUGGAGUGUGCAAAGCAAGUUAGCUUUAUAUUGGCGGUGGCUUAAUAGAAUGAAUGAGUUGGGUAAAUUAGAUGGUCGAGAUAAGGAUAUAAAUGAGUUGGGUAAAUUAGAUGGUCGAGAUAAGGAUAUAAAUGAGUUGGGAGUUAGUAUUGUUAGUAAAGAUGGUAGAGGUGUUGGUAGAGAUGGUGGUAAAGAGUAUAGUAUUGGUAAAGGUGGUGGUAGUGUUGGAGGUGGUAGAGAUGGUAAAGAGUAUAGUAUUGGUAAAGAUAGUAGAGAUGAUGAAGUGGAUGUUAAUGACUUGGAUAGACUGGGGGAGAAUGGGUGGAUUUCGUUUAGGGAGUUUGAGCGGCGGGUUCUUUAUUAUAUGCAAGAUGUAGCUGUGAUUGAUGCGAGUUUUGGGAGUCGUCGGCUUUUGGAGGUGGAAAGUAUGAAGUCGGGGCCGGUGGUGGCUUCUAUUUGUCCGGGAGUAGUGGCUUAUGCUGAAGGAACGGCCCAUCAUUUAGUUCCUUAUUUAAGUCGUAGUUGGUCACCGAUGGAAUUAGCAGCUAAGUACUGGAAAGAUAAAGGGUAUACUGUAGUGGCUAUAAUGAUGUGUAAGGAUAAACGGAUGGAAUCAGAAUGGGGAUCAGUAGUUGAUUAUUGUUUAACAAGUAAUGAUUUGUAUACUGGUUUAUUCGAGGACUUAGAUUUACCUGUUCCGCCUGAGUCUUAUCAGCCAGAUAGUUUAGGUAUGUCUUUUCCACUGCCUGGUCAUUCUUCGGGAGGUCUUUAUGAAGGAAUUAGAGACCAAUUAGAUCCAAAUAGUAUUAUAGCCCAAGUUAGUAAAGAGAACUAUCAGGAAGUGACUUACCAGAGUAAUAAUCAAAUCCGUAAGAUAGCGCAAAUUCAUGGCUUACCUCGGGUUGUUUCUUUUGCCACUAAAGCCAAACAACCUGCUUUCUUAAAACAGUACCACUAUGUAGAACUCAUGAUUUGUCGUCGUGGGUGUCUCUAUGGUCCAUCCCAAGGCGCAACUGUUCCAGAAGCUGAGUAUGCUGCACUAACUUCCCCUACUAUAUCACAUCCCAACCCCAUCACCAAACAAGAUGCCCAAACUCUCCAAAAGCGCCCCUUCCUUGCCAAGUUAGCUACCCGCAAGUCUUUUGCCGUCAAAUGGUAA